UCCUGACAUCACGUUUGUUCAACAAGUCAGCGUGUGUAACGAGGAGGGAUUUAGCAGUCCAUUAUCAUUAGGAAGAUGGCGAGCUGGUGUGUACGAGCUGUGAGACAGAGCUACUCACUGGUAGCUUCGCCUGCUUUAAUAAGAGCAUCUCCAAAAUUGCUAUGCACAGCCACCCAGCAGAAGAGUGGUCAAGGCUCAGAGGAGGAGGCAGACAAGCCUGAACCGAGCACCGGAGAGAAAGUCCCGCUUGAGGAGAAGACCCAGCUGGAGGAGCAGCUCAAAGACAUGACGGAAAAAUAUAAGAGGGCCUUAGCAGACACAGAAAACCUGAGGACAAGGAAUCAAAGGAUGGUGGAGGAUGCUAAAUUAUACGGGAUUCAGGGCUUUUGUAAGGACCUGCUGGAGGUGGCUGACAUUUUGGAGAAGGCCACAGAGAGCGUGCCCAAAGAGGAAGUGACGAGCCAGAACCCUCACCUUAAAAACCUGUAUGAUGGUCUGGUGAUGACAGAGGUCCAGAUCCAGAAGGUGUUUACCAAGCACGGUCUGGUCAAGCUCAACCCGGAUGGCCAGAAGUUUGACCCCUAUGAGCACGAAGCCCUCUUCCACGCUCCAAUUGAGGGCAAAGAGCCUGGUACUGUUGCCAUAGUAACCAAAGUGGGCUACAAGCUUCACGGUCGCACUCUCAGGCCGGCAUUGGUGGGUGUGGUCAAAGCCCCCUAGAACUGAUGCCUGUGUAACAAAGUGGGGAUGAGCAUCGUUGCUCAGGAGACAGUUUUCCCACAGCCUGUCCGCUCGCUACCACCACCCUGAGGUGCCUCAGGAGGGACGGGAACUAAACCGAACUUUCCAUGUGGACAGUAUAAUACCAGGUUUUAGGAAAUACUCAUUGUUUGGCACAGGACAUUUUCUUUGUGACAUUUCCAUUUGUCAUCAGUAAUAUGAGUCGAGUUUGUUCAGAAAUUGUCAGAUUAUUAAAUAAAAAGUCACCAGAUUACAGACUGAGCCCAUCGCGUCUUUUCCAAAGGAGGUAAAAAUCAGUAAACGAAGAAGACAAGUCGGUAGAGGAUCAUAAUGACCUCUUUAGAUGAAGCUGUAUGAUGCAAAACCCAUUCACAAAGUGGUCCUGCUGCUGGUGUCAUUCCACACUGGUGCUCAGAGCCAUACACGAAAUAUUAACAUGAAUAAAUCAAGAACACUGAAGAUGUGAUGCAAAGGUUGAGACGCAGCUUUGGUAAAAUAUCUUGGUCAUGUGAUCAGGUCCUGUAAACCAGCCUCAGCCUUUCCGACACAGACUGGUUCUGUAGUGAUGAACAGCUGGAUCUGUAAACCAGUAUGAGAACUGUGUAGAUCUUCAUCUAUGUGUCACCGCUUCAGAAUAAAGUAUGAUGGAAAUUCU